CUUUUCCUAACACCCCACAUCCAUUUCAGAUGCAACACUUCUUUAUUAACAAUGAUCUGAAGACAUUAUAUCAGAAAUGAAGAUCAAGCACUACCCAGGAAAGGCCGUGGUCCAUGAUCCAGCAUGGCUGGAGAUGGACAUACCAAACACGGCCAGAGGAAAACAGUACGAGGCAAAUUGGGAAAGCACCCAGCAGUCAUUGUCCAACAGCAAUUCUUGGGACAAAUACAGCCAUAGGAGCUUAGAUGGUACUAGUACCAUAUCCAGCAGGCUGGGUCAGUACCAGAGCAUGCUGGAUGAUAUUAAGAAAGAUAAUGAUGAUACGUAUUCAGUACCAAUCAAAACUGGAAAGGAUAGCAUGAGAUUGAAGUAUCAUAGUGAGAGGUGCUUGUCUAGGAUCAACUCAAAGACCAAGAAGGAUUAUGAGGAACAAAUAGCAAAGUACUUCUUGCCUUCUCAGAAGGAAAAGUCGAUAGAUGUGGUACCCCCUAAGCCUAAACCUAGAAAGAAACUCAUGAACGACAAAGAGAAAUUCAAAAUUGUGAUAGACGACCUCCAGAAGCACAUCAAGAAGUCUGUGAGGUUUGAUGAGAUCGAAACCGAAAUCGGUGAUACCGAAGAUCUCAAAGAAAGCCAUGUUGAUGAAGAAACAACCAUGGAGAGAUUAGAAGAUGCUGAGGAGGUGAUUCAAGAGAGAAUCAACACUUGGGUCGACGACCAAAAUAAGUUUUUGAAUAAUGAUAAACCUGAGGGCAAGAAUUCUCUGUCUAGAACGGACAGCGGGUAUUACGAACAUUCAGAGAAACCCAGGCAAAGGCUUCCGCCGAAAAACAUACUCCCACCUUCUUCUUCUUCAUCUAGCUCAUCUUCAAGUGAUCACAACAUCUACGCGAAAAGCUCCACGUCUUCAGAAAGUGACUACAACGAAUUGUAUGACAUAUACAAGGAAGGUUCCAGUCCUAAGCAUAAAAAAGGGCUGAGAGUGCGUGAAAGGACUAAGGGUAAAGCGCCUAUGAAUAGCAGGUGUAGGGAUCCAAAUGACUUUGCUAUUCCGCGACCAAAGUUGAUAGUGCCCGUUCAUACUUAUGGUGCCAUGAGGAAGAGGAGGACUGGGAAUUUGCUGUCUUCGGAUUGUUAUGAUUCUUCCGACGUGAACAGUUUGCUGACGACCUCAGGGCGUAGGAAAAAAGCUGAUGGGAUGACAACGGAUGCUCACGGUAUCACGGAUGCAGUUGUAAAAGAAUGCCGCAGCAUCUCGAUACCUCUCGGCAUCGGAGAGCAUUUGCGGCAUUCCUGGGCUGCCAAGCUAUACAUAUUGACACUUUUAGAAGCUGAUGGGAUAGCCACAGAUGCUCACGGGAUCACGGAGGAUUUUUCUUAUCAGUUUUCAAAAAACGCCGCGGCAUAUCGAUAA